UUACGCUGAAAAACAAACAAAAAAAAAAACUUGCAGAAUAUCUAUCAAAAAUCUAGAUUAAAGUUGUAGUAGCUUUCAAUUCAUCAAAAAAGGAAAAAAAUAAAUCUUGCAGAAUGUUUGUCAGAAAUCUACAUUAAUCUUGUAGUCGGUUUCAAUUCAUCAAAAAAACAAAAAAAAAAACACACACACACACACACAUAAUAAUGUCUGGAAAUCCACCAACAAACCCAUUGAAACGAAACUUUGAAACCAUGAUCAAUCAUUCCCAAAAACAUCAGUCUGAAGAUGUAAUGAAUAACCAGCUUAAUUUGACACCUACAGAGUAUCAGCUUGAUGUGUUUAAGGUGGCUAUGUGUCGAAAUACGAUAGCACGUCUUGAUACGGAUGCCGGAAAAACAACGAUAGCUGUUAUGAUUAUAAAAGAAGUUGCAUUGUCGCUUAAAAGUGAACCAUCUGAUAACAAGUUAAUUGUUUUUUUAGCCCCAACUCGAAAGAUUGUUGAACAGCAAUACAAUGUUCUUAGGGAAAAAACAGACCUCAUAGUUGAUUUUUACCAUGGGUCUAAAGUAGGAGAUAUUGACGGAAAGAAGGUUGAUGAAUGGGAUGGUGCUGUAUGGGAACACGAGACAACCAAAAAUAGAGUGAUGGUUAUGACACCUCAAAUUUUGUUGGAUGCCUUGAGGAAUGCAUUUAUCAACUUUGAAAUGAUAAGUUUAUUAAUUAUUGAUGAGUGUCAUCGUGCUAGUGGCAAUCAUCCUUAUGCAAGCAUAAUGAAGGAAUUCUAUCUCAAAGCUGCUAACAAACCAAAGAUUUUUGGCAUGACUGCAACCCCAGUUACUAAAAAAGUAGGUGUCUCUUCAACUGAAGAUUGUGAAGCCCAGAUUACAAUGCUUGAAAGUGUUCUAGAUUCUCAGGUCUACACAAUACAGAACAGGACAGAACUAGAGAAUGUCACCCCAUCAGCCUUACAUAUAUAUUCUUUCUAUCAACCAGCCAAGGUUGACAAUGUGGAUCUAAAAGGCAAAAUGGAAUCCUCACGAUUAAAGUUUGAAGAACAACUGUUCAAGAUGCAAAUGUCACUGCAAAGUAAUCACAAAGAUGCCACUGAAAAACAUGAGAUUCUUCGAAAGAGGCUCUCUGAUGAUCACUCUAAGAUCGUUUAUUGCAUUGAUGAACUGGGCCUUUUGUGUGCUUAUGAGGCUAUUAAAAUUUGUAUAGCUAACAACCCGAAAGCUGUUGAAGAGUGUGAUCUUUAUAAAGAAAGCUGCUUAAAGUGUUUAUAUUUUCUUGACGAAACAUUAUCACUUAUCUCAAAAUGUUUACCAAAUGGUUGUGAAAUUUCUUUUGAUGUUGGAUGUGAUUAUGAGAACAUGGUAGCAGCUGGAUAUAUUUCACCUAAGCUAUGUCAACUUUUUCAUCUUCUACAAUCACUUGGGGAAGCUACAAAAGUAUCGUGCCUCGUUUUUGUAGAGAGAAAUUUAACAGCUAAAGUUCUUGACAUAUUUGUGAAGAGAAUUUCUGACUUAUCUUCUUUGGAAGUUUCUUGUUUGACUGGCAAUACAACUUCAGUUGAUGCAAUGUCACUGAAACUGCAAAAGGAGACUCUUGAAUCUUUCCAUUCUGGGAAGGUGAAUCUACUGUUUGCUACGGAUAUUAUUGAGGAGGGCCUUGACGUGCCAAAAUGUUCAACUGUGAUCCGUUUUGAUAUCCCAAAAACUGUUCGAAGCAAUGUCCAAUCAUGGGGACGGACUUGUCAAAGUGGCUCUCAGUUUAUCAUGAUGCUUGAGAGGGGAAAUUCAAAGCAAAGAGAACAUGUUUGUGAUAUCAUUCGAAGUGAGCAUUCCAUGGACAGUUCUAAAAAGGGUGACCGUGGUACUUCUGUUGUAAAGCCUAGUAACUUCAAAGAAACAGAAACAUAUUAUGUUGAGGCAACGGGAGCUUCAGUCACUGUACAUUCCAGUGUUAGUCUCCUUCAUCAAUACUGUUCGAAACUCCCAGCUGACAAGUUGUCCACUCCGAAACCAAGUUUCCAAUUUUUGCUGGUGGAAGAUUUAUACCAGUGUGAAAUGACUUUACCACCUGGAGCUGUUUUUCAAACAAUAACGGGUCCUCCUUGUAAGUCAUCAGCUCUUUCAAAGCAGCUUGUAUGCCUAGAGGCCUGUAAAAGGUUGCAUCAAAUGGGAGCACUCUCUGACCAUCUUAUCCCUAUUAAUGAAUGUUCGUCACAGAAUGAAUCUUCUAAAAAUAGUAAUAAACCAACUUCCGGUGCAGGGACUACAAAAAGGAAAGAAUUACAUGGGACCAGACCCAUUCGAGCAGUUGUUGGUACAUGGGCCGAUGAGGUCGUUGAUGGCGUGAAUUUUUAUGCAUAUACCAUAAAUUUCACUUGUAACAUUGCUGAAGUGAAAUAUUCAAGCUUUGUUCUUUUGAUUGAGUCAAAGCUUGAUGAUGAUGUAGCAAAUAUUGAAAUUGAUCUAUACCUGGUGUCGAAGUCUGUCAAUUGUAAGGUUUCUUCAUGUGUGGAAUUGCAUCUCAGUGCAGAACAGGUAGAAAAAGGCAAGUGCUUCCAAGAGCUAUUUUUCAAUGGAAUAUUUGGAAGAUUGUAUAUUGGGUCCAAACAUUCAGAUGUUUCAAGAGAGUUCUUACCACAAACCAACCAAAAAUUGUGGAUCCCAUCAUACAUGUAUUUGCUUCUGCCAUUGUUGUCGCAAGAUCCGUUCGAGAUCAGUUGGAACGAGAUUGACUCAUGUGUAUCUGUAGUUGAAUUCGUCAAGAACUUUUCUCUUUUAAGGGCCGAAAAGCAGAGCGUGGAUUCGAUCAUGAUGGAUUCUGAUGACGAUGAUAUGGUUCAUUUUGCCAACAGAUCUGUUCAUAAAAAUGAUCUUGAAGAACUUGUAGUUUUGGCGAUUCACUCUGGGAAAAUCUACUCCGUUCUUGAGCUUCUUGAGCAAGAGACCGCUAAUAGUCCUUUUGAUGGAGAUGCUAAAAAGUUUUCAUCAUUCACCGACUAUUUUUUCAAGAAGUAUGAGAUUGAUCUAAAAUACCCGGGACAAAAUUUGUUGCUGCUAAAGCAAAGCCAUAGGGCACAUAACCUUCUUGUGGACUUCAAUGGUGAAGGAAUUUUGCAUGGAAAGAAGAUACGGGCCGAGAGUUGUAAGGUGAAUACUAACAGACAAAGAUAUUAUGCUCGUAUACCACCCGAACUUCUAGUUAUUAUUGAUGCGCGAUUAGCUGUUACGAAAUCGUUCUAUCUGCUACCAUCAUUAAUGCACCGGCUCGAGUCUUUAAUGUUGGCUAGCCAGCUUCGUGAGGAAAUCAGUGGCCACUCUACUGAUUUACACAUUUCAAGUUCACUGAUUUUGGAAGCCAUCACAACUCUCAGAUGCAAUGAAAGUUUUUCUAUGGAGCGACUGGAGUUGCUUGGUGAUUCAGUGCUGAAGUAUGCAGUGAGCUGUGAUCUUUAUCUUCAAUACACCAAUAAACAUGAAGGGCAACUGUCUUCUCGGCGAUCAUGGCAAGUUUGUAAUUCGACCUUGUACGAUUUGGGAAUUGGCUGCCAGUUACAGGGCUACAUAAGAGAUAGUGCAUUUGAUCCUACCAGAUGGACUGCACCAGGCAUGUUCCCAUUACGACUUUGCCCAUGUGACCACGACGUUGAGACAACGGAGGUGCCUAUUGACCCCAAAUACCAGAGUGAAGAUCCAAAAGUUUUGACAGGGAAGUGUUGUGAUAUGGGCCAUCGAUGGCUGGGUUCAAAGACAGUAUCAGAUUGCGUUGAGGCCCUUGUAGGAGCUUAUUUUGUUGAUGGUGGGUUGGUUGGUGCUCUUCACUGUAUGAAAUGGCUUGGUGUUAGCUGUGACCUUGAUCCAUCACUUGUCAAUAAAGCCAUUGAAAUUGCUUCACUCCGUGCAUAUACUCCAAAACUUGAUGUCAUUCAGAGUUUAGAGUCAAAACUCGGGUACGAGUUUGUAGUGAAGGGUUUGUUGUUGGAAGCUAUAACACACGCAUCUGAUCAAGGCCAGGGUGCUGGAUACUGUUACGAGAGGUUAGAGUUUCUUGGUGACUCGGUAUUAGACCUGAUUAUUACGUGGUAUCUCUACAAAAAGCACACAGACCUUUAUCCUGGAGAACUCACGGAUUUACGUUCAGCAUCAGUUAAUAAUGAAAACUUCGCUUAUGCUGCUGUGAGAUGGAAUCUUCAUCCACACCUCCAGUAUCGUUCGGGUCAUCUCCAAAGCCAGAUUACAGACUAUGUAAAGUUUGUAGCUACCUCUUCGACGGAUACAAACUCACUCCAGACCAAGAAAAGUCCUAAGGCACUUGGUGACCUAGUUGAGAGUAUUGCGGGGGCCAUAUUAGUUGAUACCAAACUAAAUGUUGAUGAAGUUUGGCAUAUCUUUGAGCCUUUAUUAUCUCCCAUAGUAACACCUGAUAAACUUGAGCUUCCUCCUUUACGUGAAUUAUUGGAAUUGUGCGACUCCAUGGGUUAUUUCAUGAAAGACGUCUGUUGUAUCAAGGGUGAUAACGUAAUGGCCGAGCUACGGUUGCAGCUCAAAGAUGUCUUAUUAACUGGAAAUGGCACAGCUUCAACCAGGAAAGUUGCAAGGGGCCAAGCUGCUCUUCAGUUAUUAAAAGAACUCGAGAAAAGAGGAAUUUCAAGGAAGAACCAGGGUCAUGACAAUAGGGACUGGGAAAUCAACAGUGAAAAUAUUAUUUUAAGUGACACAACCUCAUUAAAGUUAGAUUCCACCAGGAAUAUAAAGAUAAACCUCUUCGAUCCUCCACCAAAGGAUACCUCCAUUGUCAAUGAUUGUUCAAUGGAGGAAGAAUCCAAUUCUAUGAUUGAAAUUCCAGUAAUAAAGUCAAUUAACACGAAAAAGGGUGGACCAAGAUCUACGCUUUACGAGUUGUGCAAGAAAAUGCAGUGGCCUAUGCCCACUUUUACACCAUCAGAGCAAAAAUCAAGAUCCCUAAUUGAAAUCGGCGAAGGUGUUGACAAAAGAACAGCAUUUAAUAGCUUUGAGUCUUGUAUCAGUUUAACGAUUCCUGCUUAUGGUGUUAUUGAACUCACUGGAGAUCCACGAGCAGAUAAAAAAAGUUCUUUUGACUCUGCUGCACUAUUAAUGCUCUAUGAGCUUCAGCGACUCGGGAAGCUCAAAAUCGGUUAAAAAAAGUCCAUUGAUAUCAACUGUCGGUCUUUGUACAUAAUUAGGAAUAAUCCAUCAACAUGACAACAUGUUGAAUGGUCUUUUCAUUUCACUACGUAAUAAGGCCUAUAUCGAAAAUGAGAUACAGGACUAGUAAGAAAAUUUCAUAUAUGCCAUUAAGGAACAUGUAAAUAUUUGCCUAA